GGAGGAGGGAGAGUGUGAGUGAGAGUCGGAGGGAGGAAGCACUUUCAUCCUAAUAUUCCUUUUCAGCAUCUCUGCUAGCUGUCUGGCUUGAUCCCUCUCACUCAUGUUUGAGCCCAGGCCGUCAUUAUCGGAUACCCCCCCUGUUUUGGAAUUUUACAUUUUAUUUAAUUUUUUUAAAAGAGGGACUAUAUUUGGUGCACAGUCAGCAUUCAUUUAUGGCUCAGCAUGAGUUCACAUGAGAACUCCACAAAUCAAUGGUAGUUAGAAGUGACCAGCCACCAUCCUUACAUUCAAGCUCAAGAAACAAAUUAGAUUGGAACCUCAAGAUUUCUUUAGAAAACACCUGGAGUGCAAGCAGAUAAAGAGAACCCAAGUGAACUUAAGGCACUAAGAAUUAUGCCCAUAUAGGCUCCUGGGUUUGUGCAUGAUCUGAGAGUGCUGUGUUGGUUAGAGUAUAUUUAAAAUCAUGGCCGACCCCUACCACAACAACAUUUACCAACAGGGAGACGGAGACAGCUAUGGGUCUUACGGCCACGGCGGAUCGGAUGGCUACGCUUAUCAGACUGACUACCCUCCCCAGGAGGAAGAUGCCGCCAGUGAUGUCACUGAGGGACACGAUGAAGACGAUCAAAUGUACGAAGGGGAGUACCAAGGUAUCCCGCACCCGGACGAGGUCAAGGCUGACCGGAGGACGGCAAGGGCAAAAGCAAGAACUGCGGCAGAUGCAAUAUCAGAACAGGAAGAGCUGGCGGAACAAUAUGAGGAUAUAAUGGAGGACUGUGGACAUGGGAAGUUCCAGUGGACCUUGUUUGUGGUGCUGGGCUUGGCUCUCAUGGCGGACAGUGUGGAAUGCUUUGUAGUGGCCUUGGUGUUGCCCAGCGCAGAGAAAGACAUGUGUUUGUCCCAUUCUGAGAAGGGAAUGCUGGGUUUGAUAGUAUUCUUGGGAAUGAUGUUUGGGGCAUUUAUUUGGGGUGGUCUGGCUGACAAAGUGGGCCGAAGGAAAUGUCUGAUCAUCGCCCUGGCCAUGAACUGCAUUUCUGCCUUCUUCUCCUCAUUCGCCCAGGCAUACGGCUUCUUCCUGUUCUUCAGGCUGUUCUCGGGCAUUGGGAUUGGAGGCUCCGUCCCAAUCGUGUACUCGUACUUUUCUGAGUUUUUGCAAAUGGAUAAGAGGGGGGAGCAUCUCAGCUGGCUCUGCAUGUUCUGGAUGAUGGGAGGCAUUUAUGCCUCCUUCACUGCCUGGGGCAUCAUCCCUAGAUAUGGCUGGGGAUUCAGUAUGGGCACAGAGUUCCAGUUCCACAGCUGGAGAGUGUUUGUGCUGGUCUGUGCUCUUCCAGCAAUCGCAGCUUUUGUUGGGCUUAUGUUCAUGCCUGAGAGCCCACGCUUCCUGCUGGAGAAUGCAAAACAUGAUGAGGCCUGGAUGAUCCUUAAACAGGUUCAUGACACCAACUGGAGAGCAAAAGGAGAACCCGAGAGAGUGUUUACUGUAACUCAGAUCAAGACUCCAAAAACACAGGAGGAUGAGUUUAUUGAGAUUCAAAGCGCAACUGGGACUGCUUUCCAGAGAUGGGUGGUUCGGACUCUGACACUGACCAAGCUGGUCAUCAAGAAUGUUUUGUCCCUCUUGGGUCGUGAUCUAAGACUUGCAACUCUCCUAAUGGCCAUCAUAUGGUUCACAAUGGCAUUCAGUUACUACGGGCUUUCGGUGUGGUUUCCUGAUAUGAUCAAAUAUCUCCAACAUGAGGAGUAUGAAUCCAAGCUGAAAGUAUUCCAUAGGGAAAAGGUUGAGCAAUUUCAUUUCAACUUUUCCUUAGAGAAUCAAGUUCAUAAAGAGGGAGAAUACAUCAAUGACAAGUUCAUCAACAUUGAGAUGAAGUUUGUGAAGUUUGAAGACUCUCUAUUUGAGGACUGUUUAUUUGAGAACAUCAGAUCCACAGAAACGUUCUUUGAAAACUGCACCCUCCGUGACACUGUGUUCAAUAAGACAGAUUUAUAUAAAGAGAAGUUCAUUGACUGUACUUUCGAGAAUGUUACUUUCCUGCACAACAAGAAGGGAUGCCACCUAGACUAUGAUGAGGAGAACGAUGUCCUCAUCUACUUGGUCAGCUUCUUGGGUAGUUUGGCGGUGCUGCCUGGAAAUAUAAUCUCGGCACUCUUCAUGGACAAGAUUGGAAGAAUUAAGAUGAUAGGGGGUUCAAUGCUUAUUUCAGCUGGCUGCACCUUCUUUCUGUUCUUGAGCUUCAGUCAGGCAGCCAUCAUAGCCUGGCAGUGUCUGUUUUAUGGGGUUAGCGUGGCAGCAUGGAACGGCAUUCAGGUUGUCACUGUGGAGCUCUACCCAACUUCCAAAAGAGCCACAGCGUUUGGAGUGUUAAACGCCACUUGUAAAUUGGCGGCCAUCUUGGGGAGCUCAAUCUUUGCCUCAUUUGUAGGCAUUACCAAAGUUAUCCCCAUUCUCCUGUCAUUUGGUGCACUGGUUGGUGGCGGAGUGCUUGCCCUGAAACUGCCCGAGACCAGGAAGAAGAUCUUGCUGUGAGGAUUUGAAGCCAAAUCAUUGGUCCAGCCUAUUAGAUAUGGCUGUAAGUGUGGAGUUAAACAACUGCUGGCAUGUACGAAACUGGGUUUAUUUAAAAAAAAGUUGAAAUUACUCCAUAUAUUUGCAAGAGACGUUCAAAUCCCCAUAUGGAAAUUCCUUUACUUAAAGUUCUGCUUCAGAAUAAAUGUGAUAUAAUGUCAAUAAACUCUAAUGGUCAACUCCACAGACCAAAUGAUGGAUCAACCCCUAGUCAACCACUAAUGUAAUGAUAUGCCUGAUAUUAAAUAGAUGUGAAAGGAGCCUUUUGGGUCAUUUGCAGCCUCAAAAGCAGGCACAAAAAAAAUCUGCACUAGUUUCAAUAUAUAGAGCCAGGAAAGCCUACAGGGAAUGUUAUAAAAAAAAAAAUAAUGGGAAAAUUGUCCCAGAUUUGCGUGGAUGGGGUAAUGAAUUGGAUUUCACUUUGACAAGUCAUAGAAGUCACAAUCCUGUGCCAUUUCUUGGUGGGAAAAUUCAGGUACUGUUGAAAUAUUUCUUGUUUUCUUACUCUAUAGCUUAUAUUCUGCCCUUACACAAACAGCUAGCUUCUCAACCUCUGCCUUUGCUUAUGAUAUAACAUCCGCCAAAUAAACGUGUAUUUUAAUCCUGGUGUUCGCCAAGUGUCCUGUGUCAUUGAGACUGAUUUAAAUAUUAUUUGGCCAGUUGUUCCAGUACGUUUGGAUGCUCAGUGCAGAAUGUAAGCUUUGAGUUGUGUUUGUUAAGUCACAGUGGAAAUUAUUACUUCUGCUUCCUCCAUUUUUUAUUUUUGCUUUAUUAACUGUAAUUGCCCAAUUUCGUCGGUGCACUUUAAAAUGCUAGAUUUUUUUUUUUGCCUCUUUACCUUGCCUUUCACACUAAAUGUGUUGUUUCUUAGUC